AAAACUGCGCUAUUGACGUUUCUUUGUAUACAUGUCACGUCAAAAUGUCAAAAAUUUCAAACAAUUUGUGUUAAUUUCGUGAAAUGGAGUACUUCCGGAGCGGUUUGAAGUCGGUGCUGGGGGCCCCGGCCCCCGGCACCCAGCCCACGGGUGCCGAGACCGUGGAGCGGCUUGUGAGUCGGGUCAGUACUUCGACGUUACUGGAGGACCGUCGCGACGCAUGUCGGGCCCUUAAGGCCCUGUCUCGGAAAUAUCGCCUCGAAGUGGGGGCCCAAGGCAUGGAUGUGUUGAGACAGGUCCUGGAGUUGGACCGCUCUGACUGCGAAAUCAUCGGCUAUUGUCUCGAUACGUUGUGUAAUAUCACCUCGAAGGAGGUUUUUGAGGAGGAGAGUGAGAGUAAUUUAAACAUUAAGGUCAAUGUGGGGGAGCAGUUCACUGAAAUGUUUAUCAAAAAUGCCGAAAAUGUGACCCUGGUUUUGAGUUUUUUGGAGGAGUACGACUUUAGGGUUAGAUGGCCAGCUGUCAAGCUGCUCACUUCACUUCUGGCAAGUAAACCUAAAGAAAUCCAAGAUGUGAUCCUCGUGAGCCCCAUGGGGGUUUCAAAACUUAUGGAUUUGUUGGUCGAAAGUCGCGAAGUGAUCCGGAACGACGCUUUGCUUCUUUUGAUUAACUUGACAAAAUCAAACGCCAACAUCCAAAAAAUUGUGGCUUUUGAAAACGCCUUCGACCGAUUGUUUGAUGUUAUACGGGAAGAGGGUUUUACAGAUGGGGGCAUUGUGGUUGAGGAUUGCAUGCUACUGAUGCUCAACCUCCUCAAAAAUAACACAAGCAACAUCAAUUUUUUCAAAGAAGGAUCAUACAUACAGAAGUUAGCCCCCAUGUUUAUCCUCCCGGACAACUUGGAGGAAGUUGGGUGGAGCCCCCAGAAAGUGUCUAACAUGCAUUGCGUCCUGCAAUUGGUCAGGACUCUAGUCUCGCCCACAAACCCAGUCCAGAUUGUCACUUCGUGCCAAAAGACAAUGCGAAAUGCCAAUUUACUUGAAGCCCUUUGUAAUAUUUUAAUGGCAAGUGGGGUCCCCGCCGAUAUUUUAACCGAGACUAUUAACACAGUGGGCGAGGUAAUAAGGGGCAAUUUGACCAAUCAGGAGUACUUUGCGGGUGUCAUGGCGCCUUCAAACCCCCCACGACCCGCCAUAGUAGUAUUACUAAUGUCCAUGGUCAACGAAAAGCAACCCUUUACCCUACGUUGCGCUGUUUUGUAUUGCUUCCAAUGUUUCCUCUUCAAAAACGAGAUUGGCCAGGAACAAGUGGUCCAAACCCUCCUCCCUAGCUCCACCAACUCGACUCUAACCACCGGGCAACUCCUCUGUGGGGGUCUGUUCAGCGCAGACUCCCUCAGUUGCUGGUUCAGUUCGGUGGCUCUAAGUCACACCCUGAUCGAAAACCCCGCUCAGAGAGAACAACUCCUGAGAGUCCUCCUUGCCACAAACCUUGGCUCCCAACCCGUUAGCCUCCUGCACCAAUGUGCCGUUUUCCUCCAACAAACCACCAAACUCCAGGCCAAAAUCGGUAUUCUGAUGCUGUUAGCCAUGUGGAUGAGUCACUGUCCCCAAGCCGUUCAAGUCUUCCUGAACGUGCCUGGGGCUAUGGCCUUCCUCACAGCGCAGACAAGCGCCAGCGAAUUCGACAAUAACGAGGAAAUAUUGCAAGGUCUAUGCGCGUUUUUGAUGGGUCUCUGCGUUGCCUUUAACGAUAACUCUGUGCAAAACUACUCGAAAGAAAACUUGUCUCAACUAAUUGAGAAGCGAGUGGGGACUGAGACGUAUUGUACGAAACUGGGGGAGAUUUCGAGACAUGAAGUGUACGCCAAAGCGGCAAAACAACCCCAAAUUCGGGCCAAACAUUCCAGUGAGUUGCUACUAGAGUUUGAGUUUUGUAAGCUCUUCAAGGCGCUAGAGCCUGUCAUUAUUAAGGCUUUGGGGGUGCAAAGGGACUUGUCCAAUGGGAUGUCCGAACUGAGUUUGAGUGAACACGAAAAUGCCUUACUGUUGCAAUACAAAGAAUUGAUAAGGGACCAAGACAAGAAGUUGCAAGAUGUGCAUAAAAGCUUGAGUAACUUGCAACGGGAGAAUCAGGAUUUGAAGGGACAGAUUGAGGAGUUGCGUCAGACCAACUCACAGCUCCAUGACCAAAACACGUUACUUAAGGCUCAGAUGCAGUUGUCGGGAACGGCAGUGGCUGAGCCUGGUAAUGACAAAGUCAAGCAACUCGAAGCUGAGUUGGUUGAAAAAGACGCAGAGUUGGAGAGGUUGAGGAAGGAUCAGGAUGAUUUGUUGGAGUUGUUGACGGAUCAAGACACCAAGCUAAAUGCAUUUAAAAAUAGGUUGAAAGAGUUGGGUGAAACUGUUGAAGAUGGCGAUUCUGAGGAUAACUCGGCGGGGUCUGAUAAUGAGGUGUAAAUAGUUUUAGGUGCAAUUAUUUAUUGAUUAAUAAAAGACUACACUUUUAA